UGUGUUGCUGCUGCUCUGUUCCGAUGUCUUAAAAUAAACUCUGACCUAGAAGCGGUUUAAGACCAAAGUCUUACCCGUACUCGGUUGUCACUUCAGUUUAUAGCUCAAGAUGCAUAGCUGGAUGGUGUUUUGCUUUUCAUCAGCUGCUCUUUUGGCCAGUGGAAAGACUGUUUUUCCACCACCAUGUGACAGUGAGAUAUAUUGUACUGGGUCCAUCUUGCAUCAGGUACAGAAAGCUAAACUUUUUGAUGACGACAAGUACUUUGUUGACAUGAAGCUGAAGGUAACGCCUGACGUUAUUUUGAUGGCUUUUCACAACCUUUCAAAUGAAACCCCAAACAAGACUGUCCCACGUGCCAAACUGCAGGAGUUCCUCAGUGUGUACUUUGAGAAACCAGGGACAGAGUUUGAGUCAUGGACCCCACCAGACUGGCGUGACAAGCCAAAGUUCCUGGGAGGAAUAGCAGACCAAAAACUACGUGACUGGGCUGAGAAGAUACAUAAUCUGUGGAAGUCCCUUGGUAGAAAGAUCCACGCCGGCGUCAAAUAUCACCCGGAACUCUACUCGCAGAUAUAUGUCCCACAUCCCGUCGUCGUGCCGGGGGGGCGCUUCAGGGAAAUCUACUACUGGGACUCCUACUGGGUCAUCAACGGGUUACUGCUGUCAGAGAUGACGGACACGGCCCACGGGAUGAUUCAAAACUUCCUCCACCUCGUCAACAGAUAUGGCUUCAUUCCAAAUGGUGGGCGGAUUUACUAUGAAAGGCGCAGUCAGCCUCCGUUCCUCACUCUAAUGGUGGAGAGCUACUAUCAAGCUACAAAGGAUAAAGAUUUCCUCAGAGCAGCCUUGCCGGCUCUGGAGCGGGAGUACCAAUUUUGGAUGCAGAACCGUUCUGCGGCUGUGAAAGUAAAUGGGACAGAGCACGUGCUGAAUCGGUAUCACGUGCGGGUGGGCUGGCCCAGGCCUGAAUCCUACAUAGAUGAUCUGGAAUUAGCUGAAGGACUCACUGACGACCGUAGAGAUCAGCUGUGGAUGGAUCUGAAAGCGGGUGCAGAGUCCGGCUGGGACUUCACAUCCCGCUGGUAUAGAGACGGUGACGGCGACGGCAGUGGCACCCUCCGAGAGACCCGCACCAGUCAGAUUCUGCCCACUGACCUCAACGCUCUGCUCUGCCUCAAUGAGAAGACGCUCGCUUCAUUUCACAGGAUGCUGGGUGAUGGUGACUCAGCUGCUCCGUACGACCAGGCUGCAGCCCGCAGACGGGGGGCGAUGGAGUCUGUGCUGUGGGAUGCUGAGAGGGGGGCCUGGUUUGACUACGACCUGAUGACGCACUCGAAACACUUAGAGUUUUACCCCUCCAACCUGGCACCUAUUUGGGCACAGUGCUAUUCUCGGCCCGAGAUGGGGGAGAGGGCAGUACGCUAUCUGAAGGGCAGUGGCGCUCUGCGGUUCCCCAACGGCGUCCCGACGUCGCUGAGAGAAACCGGGCAGCAGUGGGACUACCCCAACGCGUGGCCCCCGUUACAGCACAUGCUCAUCAACGGUUUAUCCAAACUACCUUCAGAGGAUGCUAAACAACUGGCAUUUGAUUUGGCCCAGCGCUGGAUCAAGACAAACUGGUUGGCGUACAUGAAGUAUGGCGCCAUGUUUGAAAAGUACGAUGUGAACAGAGAUGGCAAACCUGGUGGUGGAGGAGAAUAUGGAGUUCAGGCGGGUUUUGGUUGGACCAACGGCGUGGCCCUGCAGCUCCUGGACCAGUAUGGGGCGACUCUCACCUCGGGAAGCAGACGUGUGUUUUCUGGUCUCCUGCUGCCUCUGGUCAUCUCAGCCACUCUAAUGCUCCAAUGAAUCAGAGGUGACAACAGAGCCUGACUGGAGAUUUGAUUUUAUUAUUCCUGGUUUCACUGCACUACAUCACUACUGCACACUGAGAGAACUCAGACAAACACAAAAUGACAUUAAAAAUGUGCUAUUUUUCAAAGUCCUAGAUGAUAAGGAUCGCUCUUAUUUGCAGAAGGAACAACAUAUGAUUUAUCACAGCAAAGAAUUCCUUUGAUGAAUGUUUUAGUAUUUAUCGUUAGAGGUACAUGAGUCAAAUCAUUUAGGCGCUGCCGGACUCUCUAGUAAUGCAGGCUGUUAGUUCUCGUUGAUGCUUGGAUCAUAACGUUUAGUUGCCACAGAUAUUGAACUGACAUUACAAAAAGUUAUUCACUUAAUUCGAUCAUAAAGUUUAAUUCUGUGCUGUACCUUGACUCCCACCGAGGCUCUGUUUGCAUGCAAGAGGAAGUUGGACUGUGUACGAGCUCAUGUAAGAAAUCAAAUGUGAAGUAAAAUGCUUUAAUGAUGUUUAAAACCUAGUAGUCUUUCUUAUAUGUGACUCCUCAAGACACUUUUAUACAAUUUUUUGAAAAUCAACCAAAGAAUUUUAGAUGGCAUUGGUGGCUUUAUCACAUAUUAAAUACUGCACAGUGGUGAAUUCCCACACAGAGUCGACACUAAGUUUAUGGAACGUGCAGUGUUUGCAUGUUCCAUAACACUUCAGUAAACAAAUAAUUCAUCAAACAACGGCCAGUAUCAUUGCACGUUAAGAUUAUUUUUGUUCCUUUUUAUACGUACGUAGAACAGAUGUAUGUGGUGGCAGGUGGCAAAACACAACAAGAAGACAGAAGACGCAGCAUUGCUAACCGCGCCGAAAAAUACAUCGCGUUUUUGGCGGACUCUGCCACUAACAAUGAAAACUGAUAUAUAGAGGAUUAAAAAUGAUGACCACA